CCCGGGGCCCCUUUUCCCAGGCACCUCGCUUUUAAUUUUCCCCCUCGGGGAAGUAACUUUUGCAUUCCUGCCUCCCCCCUAGUCCUGGGGACCAGAGGCGGCGCCGAGCCUGGGGGCGGUUCCUUGGCAGCACCGAUUCUCGCCGGAGCCAGACUUUUGCUCCUGGGCUGGGUUUGCAUCAUCCCCAUCACACCCUCUGGAGCGUGGGGCCGGCCCUCUUGCGGUUGCGGCUUCCGGCUCCAGCAGACCCCCCAUCCCUGUGCCCAGGCCCCUUCCCUUGGCUCGGCCCCCGCGUGGGUACAGCGCUCCCCAUCUUCCCACACUCUGCAACAUUUCCACUCCUUCCCCCUCUCUCCUCCAUUUGUUGCUCUAUGUCCCCCACUCUUUGAGGGAGGAUGGUCGAUUUGGAGAACGAAGUGCCCCCUCUGCCUCCCAGGUACAGGUUCCGGGAUUUGCUGCUGGGGGACCAAGGAUGGCAAAACGACGACAGGGUGCAAGUUGAAUUCUAUAUGAAUGAAAACACGUUUAAAGAGAGACUAAAGCUAUUUUUUAUUAAAAACCAGAGAUCAAGUUUAAGAAUACGUCUGUUCAAUUUUUCCCUCAAAUUAUUAAGCUGCUUAUUAUACAUAAUCCGAGUACUACUAGAAGGCCCUUCUCAAGGAAAUGAAUGGUCUCAUAUUUUUUGGGUGAACAGAAGCCUGCCAUUAUGGGGCUUACAGGUUUCAGUGGCAUUGAUAAGUCUAUUUGAAACCAUACUACUCGGCUAUCUCAGUUACAAGGGAAACAUCUGGGAGCAGAUUUUACGAAUACCCUUCAUCCUGGAAAUAAUUAAUGCAGUUCCCUUCAUCAUCUCAAUAUUCUGGCCUUCCUUACGGAAUCUAUUUGUCCCUGUCUUUCUAAACUGUUGGCUUGCCAAACAUGCCUUGGAAAAUAUGAUUAAUGAUCUACAUAGAGCCAUUCAACGUACGCAAUCUGCAAUGUUUAAUCAAGUUUUGAUUUUAAUAUCUACCUUAUUAUGCCUUAUCUUCACCUGCAUUUGUGGAAUUCAGCAUCUGGAACGGAUAGGAAAGAAGCUGAAUCUUUUUGACUCCCUCUAUUUCUGCAUUGUGACAUUUUCUACUGUGGGCUUUGGUGAUGUCACUCCUGAAACAUGGUCCUCUAAGCUUUUUGUCGUUGCUAUGAUCUGUGUUGCUCUUGUGGUUCUCCCCAUACAGUUUGAACAGCUGGCUUAUUUGUGGAUGGAGAGACAGAAGUCAGGUGGAAACUACAGCCGACACCGAGCUCAAACUGAAAAGCAUGUUGUCCUGUGUGUCAGCUCUUUGAAGAUUGAUUUACUUAUGGAUUUUUUAAAUGAAUUCUAUGCUCAUCCAAGACUUCAGGACUAUUAUGUGGUGAUUCUGUGUCCGACGGAAAUGGAUGUGCAAGUCCGGAGGGUGCUGCAGAUUCCAAUGUGGUCGCAGAGAGUUAUCUACCUUCAAGGCUCAGCUCUCAAAGACCAGGAUCUGUUGAGAGCAAAGAUGGAUGAUGCUGAAGCCUGUUUCAUUCUGAGCAGCCGUUGUGAAGUGGAUAGGACAUCAUCUGACCACCAAACCAUUCUGAGAGCCUGGGCUGUAAAGGAUUUUGCUCCAAAUUGCCCUCUGUAUGUCCAGAUACUAAAGCCUGAAAAUAAAUUCCAUAUCAAAUUUGCUGAUCAUGUUGUUUGUGAAGAAGAGUUUAAAUACGCCAUGUUAGCUUUAAACUGUAUAUGCCCAGCAACAUCUACACUUAUUACCCUACUGGUUCAUACCUCUAGAGGGCAAGAAGGCCAGCAGUCACCAGAACAGUGGCAGAAGAUGUAUGGCCGAUGCUCUGGGAAUGAAGUCUACCACAUUGUGUUGGAAGAAAGUACUUUUUUUGCUGAAUAUGAGGGGAAGAGUUUUACAUAUGCAUCUUUCCAUGCACACAAAAAGUUUGGAGUCUGCUUGAUCGGUGUCAGGAGAGAGGAUAAUAAAAACAUUUUGCUGAAUCCAGGUCCUCGAUAUAUUAUGAAUGCUACAGAUAUAUGUUUUUAUAUCAAUAUUACCAAAGAAGAGAAUUCAGCAUUUAAGAACCAAGACCAGCAGAAAAAAAGCAAUGUGUCAAGGUCAUUUUAUCAUGGACCUUCUAGGUUACCUGUACAUAGCAUAAUUGCCAGCAUGGGUACUGUGGCAAUAGACUUGCAAGAUACAAGCUGCAGAUCAACAAGUGGCCCCACCCUAUCUCUUCCCUCAGAGGGAAACAAAGAAAUCCGAAGACCUAGUAUUGCUCCUGUUUUAGAGGUUGCAGAUACAUCAUCCAUUCAGACAUGUGAUCUCCUAAGUGAUCAGUCAGAAGAUGAAACUACCCCAGAUGAAGACGUUUCUUCAAAUUUAGAAUAUGCUAAAGGCUACCCACCCUACUCUCCAUACAUAGGAAGUUCACCCACUUUCUGUCAUCUCCUUCAUGAAAAAGUGCCAUUUUGCUGCUUAAGAUUAGACAAGAGUUGCCAACAUAACUACUAUGAGGAUGCAAAAGCCUAUGGAUUCAAAAAUAAGCUAAUUAUAGUUGCAGCUGAAACAGCUGGAAAUGGAUUGUAUAAUUUUAUUGUUCCUCUCAGGGCAUAUUAUAGACCAAAGAAAGAACUUAAUCCCAUAGUACUCCUAUUGGAUAAUCCGCCAGAUAUGCAUUUUCUGGAUGCAAUCUGUUGGUUUCCAAUGGUUUACUACAUGGUGGGCUCUAUUGACAAUCUAGAUGACUUGCUCAGGUGUGGAGUGACUUUCGCUGCCAACAUGGUAGUUGUGGAUAAAGAGAGCACUAUGAGUGCUGAGGAAGAUUACAUGGCAGAUGCCAAAACAAUUGUGAAUGUGCAGACCUUAUUCAGGUUGUUUUCUAGUCUCAGCAUCAUCACAGAACUGACUCACCCAGCCAACAUGAGAUUCAUGCAAUUCAGAGCCAAAGACUGUUAUUCCCUUGCUCUUUCCAAACUGGAAAAGAAAGAGCGAGAAAGAGGUUCUAAUUUGGCCUUUAUGUUUCGACUGCCUUUCGCUGCUGGAAGGGUGUUUAGCAUCAGCAUGCUGGAUACACUUCUCUACCAGUCCUUUGUGAAGGAUUAUAUGAUCUCUAUCACCAGACUUCUCCUGGGACUGGACACUACCCCAGGAUCUGGAUUUCUUUGUUCUAUGAAGAUCACUGAGGAUGACUUAUGGAUCCGAACAUAUGCCAGACUUUACCAGAAGCUGUGUUCCUCCACUGGCGAUGUGCCCAUUGGAAUCUACAGGACAGAAUCUCAGAAGCUUGCUACAUCUGAGUCUCAAAUAUCCAUCAGUGUUGAAGAGUGGGAAGACACCAAAGACUCCAAAGAACAAGGUCAUCACCGCAGCAACCAUCGCAAUUCAACAUCGAGUGACCAGUCUGACCAUCCGUUGCUGCGGAGAAAGAGUAUGCAGUGGGCCCGAAGACUGAGCAGAAAAGGUCCCAAGCACUCGGGUAAAACUGCUGAGAAAAUAACACAGCAGCGGCUGAACCUCUACAGGAGGUCAGAAAGACAAGAGCUUGCUGAACUUGUGAAAAAUAGAAUGAAACAUUUGGGUCUUUCUACAGUGGGAUAUGAUGAAAUGAAUGACCAGCAAAGUACCCUCUCCUACAUUCUCAUUAACCCAUCUCCAGAUACUAGAAUAGAGCUGAACGACGUUGUGUAUUUAAUCCGACCAGAUCCACUGGCGUACCUUCCAAAUAGUGAGCCCAGUAGAAAAAACAGCAUCUGUAAUGCCACCGGUCAAGAUUCUCGAGAGGAAACUCAGCUAUGAUAAAAAGAAAAUGAGACUUUACUUCCUACAAGUAUGUUCCUUGAACUCUAAAUUGUAGGGGAAAGAAGGGCGGCUGGCAAGGAUAAACUAGACUGGAAUCUAUGUGAUUCUCACAUACUUAAAAAAAAAAUCUAUUCUCUUAGAUAAUUAUUUUGAAAUUUGCCAUACAACUUGCUACUUCUACUAACAUCUGGAAAACAUUAAUAUAGAAUGAUUUGGAGAUGUUCAACACAAAAAUUUAAAUCUUAUACUUAACUAUUUGAUACUGAUACAAGCUUUAUGAGGCCAGUUUUUAAGCAUUAAGCUUUUAUGGAAGUAAAUUAAAAUUCCAACUAUAUUUGGUGCAUCACAAUGGACAUAAAGAUUGUUACUCCUUAAAAGAUUUAAUGUGUCACAUUCUUCAAACUUGCUGUUUUAUAAAAACACAAUUCAUCAUAGUUGUCUAGUUAAUCUGUACACAGAUUAACAAACAAACUUAUAUGGUUUCCUGGUGCAAAGAAGCACAGUUUGAUUUAGACUAAAAUUUUUAAAUCAUUUUAACAUUUUUUGUUAACUUGUCCUAUGAUAUAUUCAUUUUUAGAACUUGAGAUGUCCAUUGCAUGUUUGUUACACUGAAGAAACCAAAACAGAGAAGAAGAUAUCAAGUACCUGAAUAUUUUGGUAACUUUAUUUCUGAAACAUUGUCUGACAAGAUAAAUAUACUAAAAAACAAAUUUUCAUUGUUCUCCUACAGAAUACGUAGCAUCAAUCUUAAAAAACUAUUAUCAUUUGUUAACUGGAAUUUAAUUCAAGAAUUGAAACAUUAACUGAAAUGUGCUAUAAUGACUUACAUUAGAAUCUAGGAUUCAAAUAUUUUUCAUAUAUCUAUAUAGUAUAUUUCAUUAGAAAGAUACUUUAAAAUUUGAAGAAGCAAAGUUCCAUACUUUAUGUGGAAUAUAAAUACAUUUUAAAGCAUAAUGACUCUUAUGAUUUUAAUAUUGAAAUAUUCCACACUGAAAAGGGUAGUUAGAAUUUUUUGAUUUAAUUUUUAAAAAGCAUCUAUCAGGAUUAUGUUUAGACACAGUGGGGAGAAAGCAUAUAAUUAACACUGUAUUUUUGCCACCUAAAUCUAGUAUCAGUACUGUCAGACUUGACAGUUCUAAAUCACAUUGACAAACUGACCCCUGAUACCAUUUCUCCUUGCGUCUAUAUUAUUGUAUUUCCCUACAGAAGUGGACAAAAAGGUACAAGAUGAUAGCUUUUCACAUAGUGAGAAUGUGUUGUGGUAGUCCCAGAAGAGACAUUUCAUAAAUUUGGAAAGAUUUCCUUCUUCUAAUUGUGUAUCAUUCUCUACUUCUGAAUUGGACACUGAGACUUAAUUCAAGAAAAUAAGACACAGGCUAGCAAGUGGAGCAGGGAGCUGUGCAGUGACAGUACACAGGCUUUGCCUGCGGGAGCUUCUGGGUUUCAUCUCUGGGACCACGAAUAGCCAGAGCUGAGUUGCACUCCAGUUAAAUAAAUAAAGACUAGAAAGAGACAUUGAAACUUCCUUUUCACAAGGAAGCAGGUAUAUUGAGAGGGAAAUAGGAUUCAAAAAGGAAAAGAUUGAACUUUUAGUGGUAAAUUUAAAAUAGUUUAUAUAUAUGAUGAUGUUCAGUGAUGCACAACUGACAUUCAUAUGAUGUUAUGAUACCGUAUUACUUCAGGGGGAAAAAAGGGACAUAGGUAAAAAGUUUCUAUACCAAUAUUCUAUGGAAAUUAAAGUGUAAAACGUAAAAUGAGAAAGAUUAUAGCCAUCCAGUAAUUAUCUGAUUAUAUGAAAAGCCUUAGAGAAUGAGAAGAGCCUACUUGUUAUUGUUGUUGUUAUUGUUGUUGUUUAGUGUUUUACAUGCUCAUGAAUUUAGAAUAGUAUGAGCACCAGGAUUUUCCUCCGAAACAGAAAAGGCCUAUCUUUAAUGGUUUUUUAAAUAGGUAGUUAGAUAAAACAAAGAAUGUCCUUAAUUUUAAAUUGGAAAUAUCCUAAAGAUUUUAUGCAUUUUAUAUGCACAUGAAACAUAUUUGACAAACAUACGUUCACAAGUAAAUUGUUCAAACUAAAGUCAAAUGGAACUCAUGUACCGGAGAACAAGAAUGAACUUAGUGGAGUUGCUUCAUAUUUGCAUAUCAGUAUUCAAGUGUGAUGUUUCUCUUAAUUGCCAUUUUACUCCAUUUUUUUUACUCCAAUUUACUUCAGUUAUUUUUAAGAAUAAAUACAAGAUUUUAUGAAACUUCUAUUUCUCCCCCAAGAGCUCAAGUUUGGUAUUUUUGCAAUAUGACAGUUGUCAAGAUCAGAAUUUUAAGCUAGGACAUGACUAUAUUUCCUAUAAAACAAAAAUAUUUGUUUCAUAAAUUUUACAGUAAUUAUUUUUGAUUAUGAACAUUAGUCCAAAUUUAAUAUUUGACAAAAUUCAUAUAAGCUUGCUAUGAUGAUAGUUUAUUAGUCUUUCUGUAAUUUAAAGAAUAAAACAUGCUUAUAAAAGCCUUUUAAUAAACUGUUGCCUUUAAAAAAAACUUCACUUGCACAUGAAUAUAAAGCAUAAGAUCAACAAUAGUCUUUGCAACCCUAUGAAAACUAGUUCUGUUUACUGUCUAUGUACUAUUUUGCUACCAGUUAUAUUGAAUUGCUUUAAAAUAAAAUAAAAUUAUUUCUGAUGAUGAA